AUGGAAGAUGAUUGGCAUCUCCGGGAUGAAGACCCUGUAAGGAAGCCCGGCCCCCGAGCCUCGGAGCCCGCGGGAGCGACGGCUCUCCGCUGUACGGCGGCGCCUCGGCCAAGAUGGCCGCGCCCAGCGCGGAGGCCCGAGGGUGCCGCCAUCGCGGCUGCCGGACGGGCUGAGGGCGCGCUGCGGGCGGCCGCCACGUCCGCCUCUGUUUGCGCGCUCGUCCUGACAAAGCCAGAGACCGUGGGCCGGAGGAGGAGUGCAGGGACGGCCGAAGAGGCCGGGCGUCCCGCGGAGAUGGCUGUGUCGGCGCCCGGGGGCAGCGCCGCGGGAUCGGUAACAUUCAAAGAUGUGACUAUGGCCUUUACCAAGAAGGAAUGGGAGCAACUAGAUCCUGCUCAGAGGAGCCUGUACAAGGAUGUGAUGCUGGAGAAUUACAGCAACCUAGCCUCGAUGGUAGGGUAUCAAGCUCUCAAACCAGACAUGAUCUGCAAGUUGGAAAAAGGAGAAGGGCUGUGGUUGGGGAAGGGGAAAAGCCCCACACGAGGUGGUCUGAGUGAAACAGCAAGACCCAAGCAAAUGGGAGCCAGCGGAAGAGAAGUCCAGCAAGAUGAUGACCACCUAAAGAACUACCAGGAAUCUCAAAACAGACUCCUUAGGAAAGUUGCAUGCAAACAAAAAACCCUGACUGAGGAAAAAGGCAAUGAAUGCAGUUCACUGGGGGAAAAAAAUCUCUCUUUACUGAUAUCUGCUGCUUCUGAAGAGCAAUGAAAGAAAAUGGCC